GAGUCCUUUGACGUGUUCACUUAGGACCUUCUACGUCUGUUAAAAUGAGAUUUCAAAUCCUGWUUGGUUGGUUUGUGCUAGUUUGUGUUUGGUUUUACUCAAAGAAUGGAAUUCAAGGGCAAUGUCCAUCAUAUUCACCCAACUUUGUUGUACAACAUGGCUAUCGUCUGUACGGACAUGUUAUCACCUGGCUGUAUGCUGAAAAUGAAGUUCUUUGUAGACUCAAAUGCAAUAUUGUCCAGGGAUGUUUGUCAUUCAACUAUAAGGAAGCAACUAGGGUCUGUGAAUUGAACGACGCUGACGAUGAAAAAGACCUACAAGAGGCUGAAGAUUUUGUCUACGUUGGCAUUAAGAAGUCAACUAGUACCAGUUCUACUCCAUCUACUAGUGCCAGUACCACUCAAACUUCAAAAACGAAACCUAGUGCCAUUACCACCCAAACUACAAAAACAGAGACUAGUGCCAGUACUAUUCAAACUUCCAGUACCGACGCUAGUACCAGUACCACUCCAUCCACAAGAACCACUACUCAAAGUGCCGUAACGGACACUGGUGUCAGUACAACCCCACCUACAAGCAAACCAGGUCAGUGUAAACCUGAAGUCGCCAUUGGAAUAAAGAGCAAGAAUACUAUACCUGCUUCCUACAUCACAGCCAGUAAAAACAAUCACUAUGCAAAUAUGGUAAGACUCGAUGGUAAUGGUGGUUGGCUCAUGAGAUGUAGGCAGAAUAAACCAUGUAGUAAUCAAUGGAUACAAGUGAAUGUGGGAAAGAUCGCGAAGAUUACCGGUAUUAACACACAAGGCACCACUUACCAGUCGUGUCUGUGCUACACAGAGAAAUACAGGCUUUCUUACAGCAAUGGAAGCACAUUCACAAAUUACAGAAAUGGCCAAGUCCUCCACGGGAACAAUGACAGUAAAACCAUUGUUCAUAACGAUCUUACGCCCGCCAUUACAGCAAGAUAUGUACGAGUUCAUCCCAUGAAGUACAAUGACAAGUCUGGGUGUGUCGGAUUGAGAAUGGAGCUUUACGAAUGUAAAGACGAUGAAGGUCAGUGUAAACAUAAAGAUGAACCCAUUGGAAUACAGAACAAGACUAUUAUUCCUGAUAACUACAUCACAGCAAAAACCAGUAGGAACAAAGAGGCAGCAAAAAAGGCAAGGCUGAAUGAUGCUGAAGGUUGGCAAUUGGAUUGUCCAUCAAGGGGUACAACAUGUGGUGAUCAAUGGUUGAAAGUCAAUGUGGGAAAGAUUGCAAAGAUUACUGGUAUUGCUACACAAGGCGUCUUUAGGAAAAAUGAUACAAAUUGCUGUUGGAUGGAACUGUACAGACUUUCCUACAGCAAUGGAAGUCAAUUCACUGAUUACAAACAAGUCUUCAACGGGAACAAAGACAGUGAUACAACUGUUUACAACGUGAUUGCACCAGUCAUUAUAGCGAUUUUGUUCGAAUUCAUCCUCUAA